CUAUGAAUAAAUGAAAGGGUAAUAUGGGUCAUUGGAAAAGCUGAUUCCGCCAUUGCCUACAUAAGCAAGCUAGCACCCAACCUCAUCUUCUUUGCAUAAUUGCACACGGAGUAUGUAUAACCCAAUGAGCCACACUGCUACUGUGCCACAUUAAACGGUCAAGCAGCAAGUUUCAUACCCGACUGAACUGCAGCAAGGAAAAUAAUAUUGGCAUGAGUAUAUGGCUUGCUAUUGGUUGUCGCAUCUUCAUGUCUACUCAAGGCCGACUGGCUGUUUAGGAAAUAAGUUGCUUAUGUACGGGGUUGGCAGAAAUCUUUGCAAAUCGUAUGUAUACAAUUUCUCGUCUGCUUUUCAUGUAAAGGAGUUUUCCAAGUUAUCUUACAGUUCAGAACAAGUUAUUGCCAGAUUGCCUCAUGUCUUUUCUGCUAGCAAUAUGGAGAGUUUCUUGCAAAGUGAGCAAAGAAUUGGACAACGUAAAUUUUUGCAUUCUGUCAAUCCCAAUGUUACUGCAGUGAGUGAAGCUCCUUCAAAUGGUAGGGUGAUGCUCAUUGAUGGGACAGCUGUUAUCUACCGGGCGUACUACAAGCUUUUAGCAAAAUUGCACCAUGGAUAUCUUACUAAUGCUGAUGGAAAUGGUGACUGGGUUCUGACAAUAUUUGCAGCUUUAUCUCUUAUAAUUGAUGUACUUACAUUCAACCCUUCGCAUGUGGCGGUGGUAUUUGACCAUAUUGGAAUUCCACUUGGUGAAACUACUAUUUCCUCAAAAGAAAGUGUAAAGUUCAAAGGCACAAAUUUUCGCCACAACAUGUAUCCACAAUAUAAGAGCAACCGUGGUCCUACACCUGAUACUGUAGUUCAAGGACUUCAGUAUCUAAAGGCAUCCAUUAAGGCUAUGUCAAUCAAAGUAAUUGAGGUGCCAGGUGUUGAAGCUGAUGAUGUUAUAGGAACUCUUUCUCUAAGGAGUGUUGAGGCUGGUUACAAGGUCCGAGUUGUCUCACCAGAUAAAGAUUUCUUCCAGCUUCUGUCACCUUCCCUGCGUCUUCUACGGAUUGCUUCGCGUGGAGAUGAGAUGGUCUCAUUUGGUGUAGAGGAUUUUGCCAAAAGAUAUGGGACCUUAAGUCCUUCGCAGUUUGUUGAUGUUGUCGCACUUGUUGGUGACAAAAGUGAUAACAUCCCAGGGGUAACUGGAAUAGGGGAAGUCAAUGCUGUUCAGUUGAUAACAGAAUUUGGUUCUUUGGAAGAAUUGUUGUCUAAUGUUGAUAAAAUGCAACAAGGCCAUAUAAAAGAGGCACUGAUAUCAAGUGCUGAUCUCGCUCGGUUGAGUAAAAAUUUGGCAAUGCUGCGUUCUGAUCUUCCUGAGUACCUUGUUCCAUUUGCUACCUCUGAUCUGAUAUUUCAAAAGCCAGAGGAUGAUGGUGAGAAAUUUACAACCCUGUUAAAUGCAAUCAGUGCUUAUGCUGAAGGUUUUUCAGCAGAUCCUAUCAUCAGAAGGGCGUUCUACUUGUGGAAGAAGCUGGAGAACCAGUAACCAAAAUAUCUGUUUGUUUCAAGUUUUUGCAAAGUUGAGAAGUUGCAGAUACAUGAUUUCAAGAAUGAUCAUAGUUUACAGAUUUUUUUGGCAAAUUCAAAUGGAACUUUUCUUUGUAAAUACACAUCUAAUCAAAUAUUCUCACUAUUAUCAGUGUGCAGUGUAAAUACAUCAUUGUAUGACCUGCUGAACAUUUACUUAAUUUGAACCCUCAAGAUUUGAGGACUUUUUAGGAA